UGUAUGGUACAUAUACCAAAUUGAAAACCAUAAAUCCAGACAUACAUCUAUUUUAUUUUCACAUAAAAUCCAAAAUUUAAAAGUGGCUCAAAAUUAAAACAAUGCUUUACGCAAACGUAUUACGUCUUCUUUCCCUGCUUGUGGGCUGUUUUUAUCCGGCCUUCGCGUCCUACAAGAUCCUUAACGGUCAGAAGCGCAGCGAAGAGGAACUUCGCAUGUGGAUGUCCUACUGGAUCGUCUACGGAGUCUUUGUGGUCUUCGAUUUUCUGACAACGGGUCUGGUUGCAUUCAUUCCAUUCCUGAACGAGAUGAAACUGCUCUUCCUGUUCUGGCUGUUGCCCACUGUAGGCGGCGGUAAUGAGGUGAUCUACGAGGAGCUCCUGCGCUCCUUCUUCAGCAACAAUGAAUUCUCCUUCGACCAGGUCCUGAUCCAUGCCACUUUGGCGGGCGGUGAUUUAGUGGGUCAACUUAUGAGCUCUAUUCUUGGGCAAAUGAUGGCCGCGGCGGAUAGCUGUUUGCUAUCACGUGGACAUCGUCCUUCCUUGCAGAUUACGCCCAGCAUAGAGGACCUCGUCAACGAUGUAAUAGCCAAGAGGCAGUUGAAGCAGAAGCGGAAGCAGAUGGAAAACCUAUCUGAUACCAUUAAUGAAGCUCUGGGAGACAAGACCGAUAGGAAUAGCACUUUGUCUGGCUUUGAUUUGAUAAACGAAUCCGAGUCCGAUCUGCUGGUCAUCAAGGAUCACAUUUCGAGGCCGAAGGAGAAACCCCUAACCCCGCCGAAGCCAAUGCGUCCGUCAUCUCCUAGCAACGAGGAAAUGGAUCUCAAGCCGGAAAUCGAUCUAAAGCCAGAAAUGGAUCUAAAGCCAGUCGCAGUACUCUAAAUAUCCCAAAGAAAGUUAAUCAGUCAAUAUGCUUGCAAAAAGUAGCCUUAGAUAAGCCACGUUUCAAAAUCCUCAAAUUACUUCAACUGUACAAAAAUAAAUUUAAAAACACAUCCAAGGUGUAUGUACAUUC